AUGGUGUCCUCGUGGUGUUUGAAACUACAAACAAUUCAGGGCAUCUCUGUGGGUUAGAUGUUGCCUAGCACAUGGCCCUGUUGGAUGUUGCUGCCAUUCGUGGUUAGGCAGAAGUGGCUCCAUGGAGCUGUUGUAGCUCUCACUGAACAUGCUACGAUGGUAAAAAAUGGAGGGGGAGGAAUGGCAAGCUUCAGACUGGCAUAAGGGAGAGAAAGAGUGGGACCAUUUCCCCAAGGUGUGGGACCAGAGUAACUGUGGAGAGAACAGCUGAGCGGAGCGGCUUGGCCCAAGUGCUGUUUGCUUGCUUUUGAAGUUUGGUCAGUAACACUGCACUGAAAAUGGGUACCAGAUGCGAGUGUAGUUCUUUAUGCUGCAGCAGAGGCUGGAAGCCAGGUUUGACAAGAAACAUUGGGGUUGUAGAGCAAAGGAGUGAAUUGCGCAAACUGAAGAAUCAAGGAAUAUGCAAUGUUUUGAAACAAAAUCUGAAGCUUCUGCUGUCUGACACAGAGGAGGGAGGUUUCUGCAGGAUGUGAAAACAAGCUGCCUGUCGUAGGAGCAUGUGAAUGACAUGCCACUGAUAGCAGUGGUUUGCUUUGUUUUGUAGAGAGUACUGCGACCUCAGCUAGUUCACCUCUGCUAUGAAAUACUUUCACUCCAAAGAGCAUCUCUGGAGGAAUGAGCGAGCUUUUCCCCAGCUGUUUGCUUGAAGCACUCUGGCACUUCUCUGGAUUUACUCUGUUCUCAAUAGCAGUGGGUUGACAAUUACAUAAAUAUUUUUGUGUGUAGUACAGUAGCUGGCUCAAAGGGAUCAGCAAACUCGGAAUAAUAGUUCAUAACAAAAUGCCUUCUGAAAAGCAGCCUCCAUCUUGCAGUGCACUCGUUGGUUCAACUUCAGCUGGUGUGAAGGACAGAAAAAAAUGGGGAUAAUGUGGAAGGUUCACCUUCUCAAGGAGACCCUUUCUCUUAGUUUCAUGCCAAGUGCUUGAGCCCUACAGCUUUCAGCCCUGUUUUGUUCAACGUUUCCUUUGCUUCCCGCUGCUUGAAAAGCUGUUUAUGCUAAUGAUCCUGUGAGGAUCUGAGGAACUUGCUGUGCCUAUGUGUGUGAGCGUGGUGUAAGACUGCUUGUGCUUUGUGCCCUCUUAAUGAGCGUGCGCAGUGCAGCGCUGGUCGUGCUGUCAGCUGCGGCCUCAGAGCUGCUGGCUGCUGGCCAUGAGCCCUCCAUGCGACCAUCCUGCAGGCCAAGGGCCAUCCUGACCGUCAGAGGUGCCUGAUGGAGUUUCCCUUCCUGCUGACUGCUGUGUCCUACCUCAGUCUCUUCGGGACCCUUGUCCCAUCCAGGCCUGCCUGAAUCCCUCAGAAGCCAGUGAAUUCUUGGCAUCAGUGCAGUAGCAAACUGAUUGGUGAGGACUUGCAGCCCCUGGACUCUUGUCAGUGUGUGAUGCAGCCUGUGGGUCACUGCUGGUUGGAUCCUUUGUCCCGCAGCAGGCAUGCCUGGCUUCCUAGAUCCCCUCCUGCUGCAAUGGAGUUGGCACAUCUCCCCUGCACACAACAGUCUGGCACUGAGCAGUGUCUGCAGAGAAACUCCAGGAGUUUUGAAGCUGGGCUUAAAGCAUUUGAGUAGGUAGAGCUAAAGCUCAGAAGAGGAAGAAGGCCGGAUAAAGAGCUUGUUCAGGACUUGGCAGCAUGGGCACCUGGUUGUGGAUACUCAGCAAACCACAUUUGUUGAUGAGGCAGCUCCCCUGUGAUCAGUUUUCUGCGUGUUCCAAGAGUGCUUUGUGGCAUGCCAGGUGCUGGGAAGUGACACGGGAGGCUUUGGUGCUCCGGGUUCAUGUCGCCACUCCAGAUGUAUUGGAUGACUGCCUUGCUCCUGCCCGAGGGGCAACCCAAGGUUUUGUUCUCCAUUCCUGAGCCUGGUGCAUCUCAGCGAGACGUGGUUGAGUCACUGGGCAUGGUGGUGAUGAGCUGAUGGUUGAACCUGGUGAUUGUACAGGUCUUUUCCAACCUUAAUGAUGCUGUGACAUGAGCACCUCGCCGUACUGUGUCCCUCUGAGGACAUUUCCACUGGCUGAGAGCAGUGUGCCAAGGAGGGGUGUGCAGGGCUUCCAAGCCCACGUUCACCCUUGUGCUUUCUUUGUCCUCUCUGCCUCUUUCCUCUUCUCCUGCAAACUAGCAGCACCUGCGCUAGAGCUAAUCAAGGGCAGUCUCAGCCUGUGUGUAUGGUAUUGAUUUAUGGGGUGGCUGUUGGCACAACAGGUAGGCGUGUAUUUACAAAGUUUAGAGGCCACUGUGCAGCUUUGUAGAGCAGGCGGUGCUCAGGCCCAGUCACUGGCUGUGCUCGUGUGAGCCACGUCUUCUGUGCAGCCCCGGCACAAAGCCUGGGAUCAGAGAGCCAGCUGUGUGCUGCAGACGGGUCGCGAGGAGCAGACCCCGCUCGUGGCAGCGCUGUGUGCUGUGGGAAGAGCAGGGGGGGCCGCCUGGGUGUCUUCCAGGGUAAUGGCCGUGGAUGUAAUGCAUCUGCUUGUAUCUUUUCCCUGUCCUCAGCACCCUUUUUUCAUGGUGCCAUGUGGGUCAUUAGCAGAGGGAACAGUUUCUCACUGUCUCUUUCUCCUUUUGUUUUCCUCCUUCCUCAUUGCUUCCAGUCUUGGUUUACUGCCAAACAGCCUCUUGUGAAAGGGCCGCCUAAUUAACCCUGUGCUAAUUAACAAUUUAAAAUUACACAGCACGGCUGUUCAUAUUUAAUUCUCGGGAAGCCUGGGCAACAGCAGGAACCCCUCCUCCCGCCGUCUCCCUCCGCCACCGCCCGGGGGGAGCGCAGGGCCACCCCGAGCUGCGGCCGCUGCUGGGAGCAGCGUGGCUGAAAGAUGGCAUUUGUGGUGUGUGCAGGGAGAUGGGGCUGGGGGGGCCGAGGACAGCGCGGGGUCACUCUGCCUGCCUCCCGUCAGAGCGCGGCUGCCAGCGAAGCGGCCGUGGUUGAAAGCAGCACCUGGUGACAGCACGGGGCGUCGGGACACAGGGCCGGCCGGCCGCGGGACACUGCAGCGCCGUGUCUGCUGCCCUGCCUGCGGCCGUGGCCUGCAGCGGCCUGCCUUUGGAGAGCCAUCUGCCAGACUCUGGCCUGCCGGGGGAGCUGCAGGGACGGAGCGGCCCGGUGUGCUGCCUGCGGCCCAUGGAGCGGUGUGGGACCGGGGGCAGCCAUGGGGUGUGGGGCUGAGCAGGGACCGAGGGAGAGCCCUCCCCACUGCCCGGCGCGGGAGCACGGGGAGUCUGUGGCGCUCAGGCUGCUCUCUCCGUAACUGGAGUUCAUUGAUUUUACGGGAAGCCGUGUUUACAGACAGAGUGCUGAUCGACCUGACGAGUUGACUUCUGCCUCCUUAAGUCCCAGCCGUACCGGGUGCAAUGAGCGCUCCGUGCCGGCCCUGCCAUGGAAGGCUGUGACUCGCCCGUCAUCCCCGGGAAGGACAAUGGGUGCGGCAUCUCUCAGCACCAGCAAUGGACUGAUCUCAACAGCGCCCACCUCCCCGACACGGCCGGCAGCAUGGAGCAGCCUGCGGUGGAGAGCCGCGGCCCCCUGGACAGCCUGAGGGUCCCUUUCCCCGAGCGCGUCUCCGAGAGCAGCGCCGCGGCCGGCCCCGGCGCCGAGCCCGCCAGCAAGGAGGUGAGCUGCGGGCAGUGCGCGGCCUCCUUCGCCGGCCUGCAGAGCUACAUGGAACACCGCUGCGCCAGCGCCCGCCCACCCCCGCCACUGAGGGGGGAGAGCGGGAGCGAGAGCAGCGAGGAUGGGGACGAGGAGAGCGAUGUGGAGAACCUGGCCGGCGAGAUCGUCUACCAGCCGGACGGCUCGGCCUACAUCGUGGAGAGCCUCAGCCAGCUGGUGCAGAGCGGGGCCGCCUGUGGCAGCGGGGCUCUCCCCUCGCUGCUCCCGAACUCUCUCUCCAAGCAGGGGGAGCCUUCCGGCACCGCCCCCGUCUACCCGCAGAUCAUCAACACCUUCCACAUAGCCUCAUCCUUCGGGAAGUGGUUUGAGGGCUCAGACCAGACCUUCCCGAAUACCUCAGCCCUGGCGGGCAUCAGCCCCGUCCUGCACAGCUUCCGCGUCUUCGAUGUGCGACACAAAAGCAACAAGGAUUACCUGAACAGCGAUGGUUCUGCCAAAAGCUCCUGCGUAUCCAAAGAUGUUCCCAACAAUGUGGACCUGUCCAAAUUCGAUGGCUUUGUGCUCUACGGGAAGAGGAAGCCCAUCCUGAUGUGUUUCUUGUGCAAGCUUUCCUUUGGGUAUGUCCGCUCGUUCGUGACCCACGCGGUGCACGACCACCGAAUGACUCUGAGUGAGGAGGAGCGGAAAAUUCUUAGCAAUAAGAACAUCUCCGCUAUCAUCCAAGGGAUAGGCAAAGACAAGGAACCUCUCGUCAGCUUUCUGGAACCAAAAAACAAAACCUUUCAGCACCCUCUUGUUUCCACAGCUAACCUCAUAGGCCCUGGACACAGUUUUUAUGGCAAAUUCAGUGGCAUUCGCAUGGAAGGCGAGCAGGCCCUGCAGGCUGGGCCAGCUGGCGGAGCGGAGCCGCCACCUUCAGGCGUCCUGGCCCCCGGUGCGCUCCUCAACCUGGGUGGGCUGACCAGCUCGGCUCUGAAGACUCCAAUUACCUCAGUCCCCCUGGGCCCGCUGGCUUCCAGUCCCACCAAAUCCUCCGAGGGGAAGGACCCUGGGGUGGCAGAGGGGGAAAAGCAAGAGGGGGGCGACCAGGACAGCCUCUCAGAGAAGGCAGAGCCUGUGGAAGAGGUGGAGGAAGAGGAAGAAGAGGAGGUGGAGGAGGAGGAGGAGGAAGAGGAGGAGGAGGAAGAGGAAGAAGAUGAGGAUGAUGAGGGUUGCAAAGGACUGUUUCCAAGUGAGUUGGAGGAUGAACUGGAGGACAGGCCCCAGGAGGACCCUGGGGCUGUGGCAGGCGGCAGCAGCAGCAGCAGCAGCAAAAAGGACCUUGCUCUCUCAAACCAAAGCAUUUCUAACUCUCCCUUAAUGCCUAACGUGCUCCAGACCCUGUCACGGGGCACAGCUUCUACUAGUUCUAAUUCUGCUUCUUCCUUUGUCUUUGAUGGUGCAAACAGGAGGAAUCACUUAAGCUUUAACAAUGAGGGCGGCGGAGCCAAUGUGGCAGAGGGCAGCAGGAGGCUGGACUUUAUCGAUGAAAGUGCCAAUAAAGACAAUGCCACAGCACCAGAACCAAAUGAGAGCACAGAGGGCGAGGACGGGAGCUACAUCUCCCAUCACCAGCAUGCUGGCCCCCUCUGUGAACUUGGGGGUGGGGAGUGCCCCUCGGGGAGUGGCGUGGAGUGCCCAAAGUGUGACACGGUCCUGGGCUCCUCAAGGUCGCUGGGUGGCCACAUGACUAUGAUGCAUUCUCGCAACUCAUGUAAGACACUCAAGUGUCCCAAGUGCAAUUGGCACUACAAGUACCAGCAGACGCUUGAGGCGCACAUGAAGGAGAAACAUCCUGAGCCAGGGGGCUCCUGUGUCUACUGCAAAAGUGGGCAGCCGCACCCACGGCUGGCACGGGGUGAAAGCUACACCUGUGGUUACAAGCCCUUCCGCUGCGAGGUCUGUAACUACUCCACUACUACCAAAGGCAACCUCAGUAUUCAUAUGCAGUCUGACAAGCAUCUCAACAACAUGCAAAACCUGCAGAACGGAGGGGGAGAGCAAGUCUUCAGCCACACCGCCGGGGCGGCAGCAGCAGCUGCAGCAGCCGCGGCCGCUGCAGCAGCAAACAUUGGCAGCACCUGUGGGGCCCCCUCCCCCACCAAACCAAAAACCAAACCCACAUGGCGGUGUGAGGUGUGCGACUAUGAGACCAAUGUAGCCAGAAACCUUCGUAUUCACAUGACCAGUGAGAAGCACAUGCACAACAUGAUGCUGCUUCAGCAAAACAUGUCCCAGAUCCAACACAACCGGCACCUGGGCCUUGGGAGCCUGCCGUCCCCUGCCGAGGCCGAGCUCUACCAGUACUACCUGGCACAGAACAUGAACCUUCCCAACCUGAAGAUGGAUAGCACUUCCUCAGAUGCACAGUUCAUGAUGAGUGGAUUCCAGCUUGAUCCUGCCAAUCCCAUGGCAGCAAUGGCUCCAUCUCUAGUGGGUGGAGAGAUCCCCCUGGACAUGCGGUUAGGCGGUGGACAGCUGGUGUCUGAGGAGCUAAUGAACUUGGGUGAAAGUUUCACGCAGACAAAUGACCCAUCACUGAAGCUCUUCCAGUGUGCUGUGUGCAACAAGUUCACUACAGAUAAUUUGGACAUGCUGGGCCUUCACAUGAACGUGGAGCGCAGCCUCCCUGAAGAUGAGUGGAAGGCAGUGAUGGGAGACUCAUACCAGUGCAAGCUGUGCCGCUACAACACGCAGCUCAAGGCAAACUUCCAGCUCCACUGUAAGACGGACAAGCAUGUACAGAAAUACCAGCUGGUAGCACACAUCAAGGAGGGUGGGAAGGCCAACGAGUGGAGGCUGAAGUGUGUGGCCAUUGGGAAUCCGGUACAUCUGAAAUGCAAUGCUUGUGACUACUACACCAACAGUCUAGAGAAGCUGCGUCUUCACACAGUAAACUCGAGGCAUGAGGCCAGCUUGAAGCUCUAUAAGCACCUUCAGCAUCACGAGAGCGGGGUUGAGGGUGAAAGCUGCUAUUACCACUGUGUCCUCUGUAACUACUCCACCAAGGCCAAGCUGAACCUCAUCCAGCACGUGCGCUCCAUGAAACACCAGCGGAGUGAGAGCCUCCGCAAGCUGCAGCGUCUGCAGAAGGGUCUCCCUGAAGAAGAGGAAGACCUGGGACAGAUCUUCACCAUCCGCAAGUGUCCGGCUGCCGAUGUGGACGAAGCCACUGAAGAUGCAGAAGGGCCCAAUGAAACAGCUGUUGAUGCUGAAGAGCCUGCCAAGGAGCAAGAGAGUGCAGGGGACAAGGACCAGAGCAAAUGGACAGCACCGGCCAGCCAGGCAGAGAAGGAGCUGAUGGAGCCUCCAGCAUCCUCUAAACGAGUACCAUUUCCCGGCAGCUCUGAGUCGCCUCUCUCCUUUAAAUGGUCAAAAACUUCAGAAGAGACCAAAUCGGAGCAGAUGUACCAGUGUCCAUACUGCAAGUACAGUAACACAGACGUGAAUCGGCUGCGGGUGCACGCCAUGACCCAGCACUCGGUGCAGCCCAUGCUCCGCUGCCCGCUCUGCCAGGACAUGCUCAACAACAAGAUCCACCUGCAGCUGCACCUCACUCACCUGCACAGUGUGUCCCCUGACUGCGUUGAGAAGCUCAUCAUGACGGUGACAACACCAGAGGUGAUGAUGCCCAGCAGCAUGUUUCUGCCAGCAGCCGCUCCGGAGAAGGACGGGAGCUCCACCACCGAGGAGCUGGGGAAGCAGCCUGAGCUCUCUGAGGACUCAGGAAAGAGUCUUUUACCAUCGGAAGGUACGGAGCACAGCGGUGAACCCAAGCCCGCUCCAGCUGAUCAGAGCUCUGCCAGGGAGGACUCCGGUUUCCUCUGCUGGAAGAAGGGAUGCAACCAGAUGUUCAAAAGCUCAGCAGCCCUGCAGACGCAUUUCAAUGAAGUUCACGCCAAGCGGCCCCAGCUCCCAGUGUCUGAUCGCCAUGUCUACAAGUACCGCUGUAACCAGUGCAGCUUGGCAUUCAAAACCAUCGAGAAGCUGCAGCUCCAUUCCCAGUACCAUGUGAUCCGAGCAGCCACCAUGUGCUGCCUCUGCCAGCGCAGCUUCCGAACCUUUCAGGCCUUGAAGAAGCACCUGGAAACCAGCCAUCUGGAGCUGAGUGAGGCCGACAUUCAGCAGCUGUACGGUGGCCUUUUGGUCAAUGGAGACCUCCUUGCUAUGGGUGAUCCUUCACUUGCAGAAGACCACACUAUUAUAGUUGAGGAAGAUAAGGAGGAAGAGAGCGACUUGGAAGAUAAGCAGAGCCCGACAGGGAGUGAUUCGGGGUCAGUACAAGAGGAUUCUGGCUCUGAACCAAAAAGGGCCUUACCCUUCAGGAAGGGCCCUAACUUCACUAUGGAGAAAUUCCUAGAUCCAUCUCGCCCUUACAAAUGCACAGUCUGCAAGGAGUCUUUCACGCAAAAGAACAUUCUCCUGGUUCAUUACAAUUCAGUUUCUCAUCUGCAUAAACUGAAACGAGCCCUCCAAGAGUCUGCUACUGGGCAACCUGAACCUACCAGUAGCCCCGACAACAAACCCUUUAAGUGUAACACAUGCAACGUUGCCUACAGCCAGAGCUCUACCUUGGAGAUCCAUAUGAGGUCUGUCCUACAUCAAACAAAGGCUCGCGCAGCCAAGCUAGAGGCAGCGGGGGGCAGCGGCAGUAGUAAUGGAGCUGGCAAUAGCAGCAACAGCAGUCUCUCCUUGGGUUCAUCUACACCAAGCCCAGUGAGCACUAGCAACAGUAAUGCUUUUACAACCACCAACACAAGCAAUUCGGGCACCGCUCCCAUUCCCAACCUGCUCAGUCAGGCGCCCAGUGACACCGUGGGAAUUCCUCCCAUAGGUAACCCUGUUAGCACUAAUAUCUCCUCCCCUUCUGAGCCCAAAGAGGUAAACCGGAAGAAGCUGGCAGACAUGAUUGCAUCCAGGCAGCAGCAGCAGCAACAGCAGCAGCAGCAGCAGCAGCAACAGCAAGCUCAGACCUUAGCACAGGCACAGGCCCAAGUCCAGGCCCACCUGCAGCAGGAACUGCAGCAACAAGCUGCUCUCCUGCAGUCUCAGCUCUUCAAUCCAGCGCUUUUGCCACACUUUCCAAUGACCACUGAGACCCUUCUGCAGCUUCAACAACAGCAGCAUCUUUUGUUUCCUUUCUACAUUCCCAGCGCUGAGUUCCAGCUCAACCCAGAAGUUAGUUUGCCUGUCACCAGUGGUGCACUGACACUGACCGGUACAGGUCCAACUUUGCUGGAGGACCUGAAGGCCCAGGUUCAGCUCCCUCAACAGAGCCAUCCACAGCUCCUUCAGCAGCAGCAAGGUCAGCUAUCCUUGUCACAACCUCACUCUGUCCUUAUACAGCAGAGUCAGCACUCAGAGAAGAAGAAUAAACCCAUAGUGAAGGAGAAGGAAAAAGAAACCCCACGGGAAAGCGCAGAGAGGGGAGACACUAGUGCAGCAUCUAAGGAGUCUCUGCCUGAUAACUUAAAGCCCAAAGACAAGAAGGACUUUGUACCAGGCAGCAGUUCAGAGCCCUCCUUACUGCCCCCACGUAUUGCAUCUGAUGCAAGGGGGAAUGCCACAAAAGCCUUGCUGGAAAACUUUGGCUUUGAGCUUGUCAUUCAGUAUAACGAGAACAAGCAGAAAGUGCAGAAGAAAAAUGGCAAGACAGAGCAAGGUGAGAACUUGGAAAAGCUGGAGUGUGAUACAUGUGGAAAAUUCUUUUCAAACAUCCUCAUCCUGAAGAGCCACCAAGAGCAUGUUCACCAACAUUACUUUCCUUUUAAGCAGUUGGAGAAAUUUGCCAAACAGUACCGAGAACACUAUGACAAAAUGUACCCACUACGGCCUCAGACCCCAGAGCCACCGCCACCGCCUCCACCACCCCCACCUCCACUGCCUCCAGCACCUCCUCAGCCAGCUUCUACUCCUACCAUUCCUACUUCUGCCCCACCAAUUACCUCUCCUACAAUUGCACCAGCCCAGCCAUCUGUGCCACUCACCCAGCUCUCUAUGCCAAUGGAGCUCCCCAUCUUUUCACCACUGAUGAUGCAAACCAUGCCACUACAAACAUUACCUGCUCAGCUGCCACCCCAGCUUGGUCCUGUAGACCCUCUGCCUACCGACUUGGCCCAAUUAUACCAGCAUCAGCUCAACCCAAGCCUUCUCCAGCAGCAGCAGAACAAGAGGCCACGGACACGAAUCACCGAUGACCAACUCAGAGUCCUUCGGCAGUAUUUUGAUAUUAACAAUUCCCCAAGUGAGGAACAGAUCAAAGAGAUGGCAGACAAGUCUGGAUUGCCCCAGAAGGUGAUCAAGCACUGGUUCAGAAAUACUCUUUUCAAAGAACGCCAGCGCAACAAGGAUUCCCCAUACAACUUCAGUAAUCCCCCCAUUACCAGCCUGGAAGAACUGAAGAUAGACUCACGGCCUCCUUCUCCAGAACCUCAAAAGCAGGAGUACUGGGGAAGCAAACGGUCCUCCCGGACACGCUUUACUGACUACCAGCUCAGAGUCCUGCAAGACUUCUUUGAUGCCAAUGCUUAUCCAAAGGAUGAUGAAUUUGAGCAGCUGUCUAACUUGCUGAACCUCCCAACACGUGUCAUAGUGGUGUGGUUUCAGAAUGCCCGUCAGAAAGCUAGGAAAAACUAUGAGAAUCAGGGAGAAGGCAAAGAUGGGGAACGGCGGGAGCUUACAAAUGACAGAUACAUUAGAACAAGCAACUUGAAUUACCAGUGCAAAAAGUGCAGCCUAGUCUUUCAGCGCAUUUUCGAUCUCAUUAAACACCAGAAAAAGCUUUGUUACAAAGAUGAGGAUGAGGAUGGACAGGAUGAUAGCCAGAAUGAAGACUCUAUGGAUGCAAUGGAGCUUUUGACUCCAGCCAGUUCCUCCUGCAGCACACCAAUGCCCUCACAAGCUUACAGCACGCCUACAUCUUCAGCUAAUGCAACCUCCUCAGCUUUUCUGCAGCUCACAGCAGAGGCAGAUGAUUCCUCCACCUAUAGUUCUAAAGUAGAAGCUACAGAUGAGAAACCAAAGCAGUCUGAACCUCCAAGUACACAGCAAAACCAAACUCAAGAGAAGCAAGUACAACCAAAGCAAGAGUCUCAGCAGCAACAGGACCAAGGAGAACAGAAGACAAGUUCAGCACACCAAAAGAUUUCACAGUUAUCCUCCCCCUCUUCACUGCAGCAGCCACCUCCACCUCCUCAGCCCCCUCAGUGUUCCUUGUCACAGUCAAGCCCAAGUCCAUCUCAGUUGUCACAUCUCUCCCUCAAACCCAUUCACACAUCCACCCCUCAACAGCUGGCAAACCUACCUCCGCAGCUAAUCCCAUACCAGUGCGACCAGUGUAAGCUGGCAUUUCCUUCCUUUGAGCACUGGCAGGAGCAUCAGCAGCUUCAUUUUCUGAGUGCACAAAACCAGUUUAUCCAUCCUCCAUUCCUGGACAGAACGCUGGAUAUGCCUUUCAUGCUUUUUGAUCCCAGUAAUCCACUACUUGCGAGCCAGCUGCUGUCUGGAACGUUACCACAGAUUUCAGCAACUUCAGCUACUUCGCCAUCAACACCAACAUCCACAAUGAACACGCUGAAGAGAAAGCUGGAGGAGAAGGCCAGUGCGAGCCCCGGAGAAAAUGACAGUGGGACUGGAGGAGAAGAACCACAAAGGGAUAAGCGUCUAAGAACAACGAUUACCCCAGAGCAGCUGGAAAUUCUUUAUCAGAAAUACUUGCUCGACUCCAACCCAACACGGAAAAUGUUGGAUCACAUUGCACAUGAAGUGGGCUUGAAGAAACGUGUGGUGCAAGUUUGGUUUCAGAACACCCGUGCGCGGGAAAGGAAGGGGCAGUUCAGAGCUGUGGGGCCUGCCCAAGCCCACAGACGGUGUCCGUUCUGCCGAGCUCUCUUUAAAGCAAAGACGGCUCUUGAAGCUCACAUCCGAUCUCGCCACUGGCACGAGGCCAAGAGAGCUGGGUACAACUUGACGUUGUCUGCUAUGCUCUUAGAUUGCGACGGGGGACUCCAGAUGAAGGGAGACAUCUUCGAUGGAACCAGUUUUUCCCACGUGCCACCAACUAGCAGUGAUGGUCAGAGCGUUCCUCUCUCCCCCGUGAACAAGAGCAUGGAACUGUCACCUCGAACUCUGCUGAGCCCGUCCUCCAUCAAGGUGGAAGGGAUAGAGGACUUUGAGAGUCCCUCCAUGUCCUCGGUCAACCUGAGCUUUGACCAAACAAAACUGGACAAUGACGACUGCUCUUCUGUCAACACUGCUAUCACAGACACUACAACAGGAGACGAAGGGAACGCGGACAACGACAGCGCAACAGGGAUCGUAACUGAAACCAAAUCGACAUCAGGACCCAGCGAAGGUCUGACAAAAGCUGCCAUGAUAGCAAUGUCUGAAUAUGAAGAUCGGCUGUCUUCUGGCCUGGUCAGCCCAGCUCCCAGCUUUUACAGCAAAGAGUAUGAUAAUGAAGGUACUGUGGACUAUAGUGAAACAUCCAGCCUUGCGGAUCCCUGCUCACCCAGCCCUGGUGCAAGUGGUUCGGCCAGCAAAUCUGGGGAGAGCGGGGAUCGGCCCGGGCAGAAACGCUUUCGCACUCAGAUGACUAAUCUCCAGCUAAAAGUUCUUAAGUCGUGCUUUAAUGACUACAGGACACCUACCAUGCUGGAGUGUGAGGUCCUGGGCAAUGACAUUGGACUGCCAAAGAGAGUUGUUCAGGUCUGGUUCCAGAAUGCUAGGGCAAAGGAGAAGAAGUCCAAACUCAGCAUGGCCAAGCAUUUUGGUAUAAACCAAACAAGUUAUGAGGGACCCAAAACAGAGUGCACUUUGUGUGGCAUCAAGUACAGCGCUCGACUGUCUGUACGUGACCAUAUCUUCUCUCAACAGCAUAUCUCCAAAGUUAAAGAAACCAUUGGAAGCCAGUUGGAUAAGGAAAAGGAGUAUUUUGACCCAGCUACUGUACGUCAGUUGAUGGCUCAGCAGGAGCUGGACCGGAUCAAAAAAGCCAAUGAGGUUCUUGGUCUGGCAGCUCAACAGCAGGGCAUGUUCGAUAACACCCCUCUGCAAGCUCUUAACCUUCCUGCUGCAUAUCCAGCACUACAGGGCAUCCCUCCAGUCUUGCUCCCAGGCCUCAACAGCCCAUCCUUACCAGGCUUCACUCCAUCCAACACAGCUUUAACUUCUCCCAAACCCAACCUGAUGGGCCUGCCCAGCACAAGCGUCCCUUCGCCCGGCCUUCCCACCUCUGGAUUACCAAAUAAGCAGCCCCCGGCAGUGCUCACCUCGCCCACCCCGGCACAGGGCACGGCCAUCGCCCCGCAGCAGCCUCCGGCGACAACACCGCAGCCGCAGCCGCAGCAGCAGCCCCCGCCACCACGCAAGGAGAAGGAGGGCGAGAAGGCGAAAGAGAAGGAGAAGGCACCCAAGGGGAAGGGGGACCCCCUGCCAGGGCCCAAGAAGGAGAAGGGGGAGGCACCGGCGGGUGCCCUUGCAGCCCCACUGCCUGCCAUGGAGUACGCGGUGGAACCGGCGCAACUCCAGGCACUGCAGGCCGCCCUGAGCUCCGACCCUGCCACGCUGCUGACCAGCCAGUUCCUGCCCUACUUCGUCCCUGGGUUCUCCCCCUACUACGCCCCGCAGAUCCCGGGUGCCCUGCAGAGCGGGUACCUGCAGCCCAUGUACGGGAUGGAGGGGCUCUUUCCCUACAGCCCCGCGCUGUCGCAGGCACUGCUGGGGCUGUCCCCCGGCUCCCUGCUGCAGCAGUACCAGCAAUACCAGCAGAGUCUGCAGGAGGCAUUGCAGCAGCAGCAGCGGCAGGCGCAGCAGCAGCAGCAGCAGCAGCAGCAGCAGCAGCAGCAGAAAGCGCAGCAGCCCAAAGGAAGCCAAACCCCCGUCCCCGCGGGGGCCGCCACCCCGGACAAAGACCCUGCCAAAGAACCCCCCAAGCAAGAAGAGCAGAAGAACGCACCCCGCGAGGUGUCCCCCCUCCUGCCCAACCCCCCCGAGGAGCCCGAAGCAGAAGGCAAGGGUGCGGACUCCCUCUGCGACCCCUUCAUCGUCCCGAAGGUGCAGUACAAACUGGUCUGCCGCAAGUGCCAGGCGGGCUUCGGCGACCAGGAGGCGGCCAGCGACCACCUGAAGUCCCUCUGCUUCUUCGGCCAGUCUGUGGCGAACCUGCAGGAGAUGGUGCUUCACGUGCCCACCGGCAGCGGCCAGGGCAGCGGCUCGUACCAGUGCGUGGCGUGCGAGAGCACGGUGUGUGGGGACGAAGCCCUCAGUCAGCAUCUCGAGUCAGCCCCGCACAAACACCGAACAAUCACAAGAGCAGCAAGAAACGCCAAAGAGCACCCCAGUCUAUUACCUCACUCUGCCUGCCCCCCCGACCCCAGCACCGCAUCUACCUCGCAGUCGGCCGCUCACUCAAACGACAGCCCCCCGCCCCCCCGGCCCCCCCCGGCUUCCCCCCACGCCUCCAGAAAGCCCUGGCCCCCGGCCGCCCCCCGCGCCCCGCCGGGGAAGCCGCCGCCGCCGCCCUUCCCUCCUCUCUCCUCAUCUUCAACGGUUACCUCAAGUUCAUGCAGCACCUCAGGGGUUCAGCCCUCGAUGCCAACAGACGACUAUUCGGAGGAGUCUGACACGGAUCUUAGCCAAAAGUCAGAUGGACCGGUGAGCCCGGCGGAGGGGCCCCGGGAGCCCGGCUGCCCUAAGGACAGUGGUCUAGCUAGUGUAGGAAUGGACACCUUCAGAUUGUAAGCUUUGAAGAUGAACAAUGAAAAUGAAUUUAAAUAAAAAAAAGUUAAUAACAAACCAAUUUCAAAAAUAGACUAACUGCAAUUCCAAAGCUUCUAACCAAAAAAAGAAAAAAGAAAAAAAGAAAAAGUGUGGGUUGUUUUCCCAUAUAACGAUGCCGGUGGGUUUUACAUUUCUUUUUUCCUUUCCUUUUAAUAAAAUAAAACUAAAAAAAAAAAAAAAAAAAAAAAAAAAAAAGACAAACCUGUUACAUUUGUCCUUUCGAAGGUACUGUUGGUCUGGGAGAUGAGAGCCCGCGCUGCCUCCGUCGUGUCCUCGGAGCGGAAGCCCCUUGUACAUUGCCCCUUCUGAGUACGCCCCACGUCAAUAGCACAGCAGAGGCCGGCAUGCACUGUAUGGGAAAGCAGCCCACCUUGUUACAGUUUUAAAUUUCUUGCUAUCUUAGCAUUCAGAUACCAAUGGCUUGCUAAAAGAAAAAAGAAAUGUAAUGUCUUUUUAUUCUCAGGUCAAUCGCUCACACUUUGUUCUGUUUUCAGAAUCAUUGUUUUUAUAUAUAUAUAUAUAUAUAAUUUCUUUUUGUUUGUUUGGGGGUUUUUUGUUUUGUUUUGUUUUUGUUCCAGAAAAGGAUUUUUUUUUUUCUUUCUUCUUUUUUUUUUCUUUCUUUUUUUUUUCUUUUUUUUUUUUUUUUUUUUUUGUUAAUUUAAAAUGGGCAGAAAGUAUUCAAGAGAAAAACAAUGUGAACUGCUUUAGCUUUUCGGGGAUUCUAAGGGUAGCUUUUCUGCUGAAGCCAAUUUCAAGGGGAAAAGUUAAGCACUCCCACUUUUCAGAAAAAAAACCACAAAGAGUGUUGAGGACUCGGAGCUUAAAAAAUAAGUUUUAAAACAACUGACUUUCUGUAUUUAUGAUAGAUAUGACCAUUUUUGGUGUUGAGUAGAUUGUUGCAUUGGAAAUGAACUGAAGCAGUAUGGUAGAUUUAAAAGAAAAAACCCUUUUGUGUACAUUUAGCUUUUGUAUGGUCCAGCUGACGGCUUCUCAUUUGAUGUUGUCUUGUUCAUUCCUAGCCAGAUAGAUUGCAAUCCAUUGACUCGCCCAAGCUUUUCUCCCUUUGUACCUUUAUCCCCACUUCCCCCAUCCUGUAAUCUUCCACUUAUGGUUGCUACCUUCAUUUCUUAGAGGGUGGUUGCAUAAUUAUUUUAUAAAAACUAAAGAAAGAAGUUCAAAGGGUUUUGGGGGUCAGUAGGAUCCCUUGCAGAAUAUUUUUUGUUGGGGGUUUGAAACUUUUUAAGGCGAAUACAUACGAUUUACCUAUGUCUGUUACCCUUGUGCACUUAUCUCUUUCUUAUUUUCCAUUCUUCUUGUUGGGUUUUUGUUGUUGUUUUUUUUUUCCUCUUCUUUUCCUCAUUUGUAAAUGCUUCAAAGACUCUGUUCCUGAACUAUACGCAUUUGUUUCCGUUUGUGUAAUUAGGCUGCACUCUGUUCCUCCUUUAAAAAGAAAAAAAAAAAAACAAAAAAAACCAAGGUUUUGUUACAUUCUUUUCUCUAAAGAAGAUUCAUGCUUUAAAUAAAAUCCAAAGACAUACCCUUUCACCACUGGUGCAGAAUGAGCAAAAAGGAUUCUUUUUACUUGAGAAUUUGUUUCUGAUUAAACAAACAAGUCUAAGUUUAAAUAAAGAAUAAAAAAAAGUACCCAGGUUGUUAUCUGUGCUUCUUCUGCAAGCAGAGAGACAACUCGCAGCGCACGCCAGCAGCCCCGGCCGUGCUGUUGGCCCCGGGGCGGCAGGGGGCCGCGUGCGGGCGCUGUGCUGGGCCGCCUGCGCUCCCCACCUCCUGCGGUCCGGACUUGGAAACUUAAACUCGGUGCUGCUACCACGCAGAGCCUGGAGAUAAAGAGAUGCUCGCUGCUCCACUUGUGUAGCCAAACGUCAACAGGAACGACGUCCUUCCCCCCGUGUCCUCUGCCCCAACAGCGUGAGAGCCUUCUCCCUGCCAUCCUCCUCCUCCUCCUGCUUCAAAGGGAACUUGGAUAACUGUGAACGUGGGCUCCUCCGCCGCCCCCGGGCUGAGGCCGUGCAUCGCCGCCACGAGAGCCCGGAGCGCCCGAGAGACGAACGUGGCUUUCAUUUCUUAGCGGGACUCUUUUGUUUUUACGGAGUUUUGGUUUUAGUUUGACGAAAGACCAGAUCCCGAACUGCUGUACAUAUUUCUGACUAGGCUAAUGCACAGUGCAAAUUCUUUUUUUAAUUGUUUUUUAAGUAGACGAUACUAAAGAGAGUACAUCGACGUUCCCGCCAGGAUCAGCUGUAGCAUAAGGUGUCAAAACGGAAGCAAGAACACGAAACGCGAUCGCUGUUUUAACAAACUGUUUUCUUUCAACAGAAGUUCUUGUAUUUCUCCCUGUGUUUGAGAUGAACAUUUUUUAAAUUCUAAAGUUGUACAGUUUUGGUUUUCCAUUAUUUUAUCUUGUUUGUAAUUCUAUGAAAUAUAUAUAUAUAUAUUUUUUGCCAUUUAACUGUUGUAUGUUACUCUGUCUGUACCAUAUAGAAAUUUUUCGUUUGUUUUGAUUCUGUGAUACGAGAUAACAGUUGAACACUAGGUUUAUCUGUCAAGUUCUGCGAGGUCUCUUUGAAACCCUUUGGUUUUUGUUGGUUCUUUUGUUGGUUUUCGUUGUUGUUUUUUUUUAAUUAUAUUGCUUGGUCAUAGUGCAAUUUCCCUUUCCUCCUUCCCCCUCCUCCUUCCCACCCACUAAAAGGUUUUAUAAAUUCAUUUCCUUGUAUUUUCUGUAAAUGUUUCCAGAGACUUUCGGUGCGAGGCUGCCUCCUCCCCUCACACGGCGCGGCGGGGGAUCGGACUGCGGCCCCACGCACCGCGGCCGCUGCCCAUGGGACGCUUGGGCGGCCGUGUGGCGGGGCCGCGUCCUCCUGCCCCGAGCACACCCUGCAUCUGCCCGGGAGCGGGGAGGGCGAGGAGCGAGGAGACGGUUUUAAACAUAGCAUUGAGCGGGUUUCUGUUUUAUUUUUAAUAAAAAGCUUUUUUUUAAGUGGUGAAGAUGGCCAAAGUUUCAUGCAACUGAGAAUACAGUAAGGUGAAAGGCGCGCGCUGGGGCCGCCCGCGCCCACGGGGCAGGUGGGGCGGGAGCAGGCGAGGAGGCACCGGCACCGCCAGCGCACCCGGCAUUCGUGGAAAUAUAUUUUGCUUUAGCAAACAAAAAAUAAACCUUUAAAUAGAAGCAGAAAUGGGGUCGGUUGGUCGGUUGGCUGUCGGCUGGUUGGUCAGUCGGUUACUUGGUGGAUGCUUGAUUGGUUGGUUGGCUGGUUGGUUGGCUGGUUGGUUGGUCGGUUGGUUGGUUGGCACUGAGAUACUGCCCACUGUGAAACACAAAGCUUUGAAUAUUUUAUUUUGGUUUUAUUUUGGGGGGUGAGUUUGGGUAGAACGGAAAGCGUAAAUGAGGUGAAAAGGGGUAUGAACAGCCUUUGCAAUGUACAAAAAAUAGAGCAAGUGAAACCAAAAAUGAUGUUCUUGAUGUUUUUCUAUAAUGUAGUCUUGUUAGCUUUUUUUGUUACUGUAACAAUGCUGAUCUCGAACUGUACCAAAAUUCAUGGAGACGAACAGAAACAGAAACCACAUGGAACUUUCAAAACUUGGAAAGAAUUUGUCACAAAAGACUUUGUUGUCAUAGUUGAGUUGACUGUAGAUGGUAAUUGAAUAUACUCCUUUGGAAAUAUUUCAUCACGUAUGUUUCCUGCUCAUUGUGA